AGACGGUCCUUGCAGCAUGGCCGCCGGCACGGCCCCUGCCCUAGCGUUUUUGAGUCAGGAGAGCCGAGUCCGGGCCGAGGGUGUCGGGGGUCUGCGGAUACCAGCUCCAGUCACUAUGGACAGUUUUUUCUUCGGCUGUGAGCUCUCCGGGCACACCCGCUCCUUCACCUUCAAAGUAGAGGAAGAGGAUGAUGCGGAGCACGUGCUGGCAUUGACCAUGCUCUGUCUCACCGAGGGGGCCAAAGAUGAGUGUAAUGUGGUAGAAGUUGUGGCCCGGAACCAUGACCAGCAGGAGAUUGCAGUUCCUGUGGCCAACCUCAAGUUGUCCUGCCAGCCCAUGCUCAGUUUGGAUGACUUCCAGCUCCAACCACCUGUGACCUUCCGCCUGAAGUCGGGCUCUGGCCCUGUGCGGAUCACUGGGCGCCACCAGAUUGUUACUAUAAGCAAUGAUGUUUCUGAGGAAGAGGAGAGUGAGGAAGAGGAGAGUGAAGAGGAGGAAGCUGAGUUGUGCCCCAUCCUUCCUGCCAAAAAGCAGGGGGGCAGGCCCUAGCCCUCCUUGGUCAGCCAGCUGCCUGUGUGCACCAUGUUCCCGGACAAGUUUCAAGAAUUGUAAAUGUUUCCUCUUCAUUGAAGAGGAGAGUUUGGGGUGGGGAUUUGGUUCUAGAGACUUUGGCCUGAGCUAGGAAAGGGGCCUGUUCUUCAUAGGGCCCUGGUGUUUGGUCUUGCACCAUGCCUGGGGCUUCCCUUUUCUCUAGGAGUGGGAGGGACUCUGAACCUGUAUCCUGAACAACCCUCCCUCUCCGCUGCCUAUGAGGAUGGGGGCUUAGUGUCUGGAGCUCAGAACUACACAUUUUUAACACUUUUUACAUUUUUGGAUAAAAAUUGAAAUAAAGUGCUGCGGGGUUUUUGCAA